AUGGGUGACUGGAACCUGCUGGGCAGCAUCCUAGAGGAGGUCCAUGUCCAUUCCACCAUCGUGGGCAAGAUCUGGCUUACCAUCCUCUUCAUCUUCCGCAUGUUGGUGCUGGGGGUGGCUGCCGAAGAUGUGUGGGAGGACGAGCAGACAGAGUUUGUGUGUAACACUGACCAGCCGGGCUGCAAGGCUGUGUGCUACGACCGUGCCUUCCCCAUCUCCCUCGUUCGCUUCUGGGUGCUGCAGGUCAUCUUCGUGUCGGCACCCUCUCUGGUCUACAUGGGCCAUGCCCUCUACCGCAUCCGCUUCCUGGACAAGGAGCGCCACCGGCGACGUGCCCAGCUGCGCGACGAGCUGGGCGAGCCGGAGGUGGCCCUGGAAGAGCACCGGCGCCUGGAGAGGGCGCUGCGUCGGCUGGAGGAGCAGCGCCGGGUGAAGAAGGUGCCCCUCAGAGGCUCCUUGCUGAGGACCUACAUCAUCCAUAUCCUCACACGCUCCGUGGUGGAGGUGUGCUUCAUCCUGGGCCAGUAUGUCCUCUAUGGCCUGCGCCUGGAGCCUCUCUACAAGUGCGAGCGGCUGCCGUGCCCCAACAGCGUGGACUGUUACAUCUCCCGGCCCACCGAGAAGACCAUCUUCAUGGCCUUCAUGUUCGUCAUCGCCGCCGUCUCGCUUUUCCUCAACCUUCUGGAAAUAUCCCACCUGGGAGUGAGGAAAAUCAGGCAGACGAUAUACGGAGAUAAGUACUCCGAAGAGGACAGCUUGAUUUACAAGCCCAAGAAGAAGCGCACCUUGCAGCACCUUUGUCUUAUGCGCCACUUGUCGCCUCAUAACGGACCGUCAACUCAAACCUUAUUUAAGGGGAUUCCUGAGGGAGGGACGAACACAGUUCAUCAGAACAUGGGGCUCAGAGCUAACCAGCAGACAACGACAACAACAACAAUCAGACAUAACAGCCUGGCUCCUCUUGGACACUAUCAGACAAACUGCAUCGCACCUGGAUCAAUGGUACCACAGAACCAAUACCAGACCGGGCAGGAGGGGGCCACUCAAGGCCUCCAAACCCAUGAAGGCCCAGAGACAAACUCCAGGGCCUUGAUGGACCAACACCCUCUGGUCUGGCCUGCGGUUCCUUGUAAUGUAGAAGGCUGGCCAAAGGAGCAGACUCAAUACCCUGAGGAGCUCCUUCGACCCAUGGAGCCUCCUCGAGUGCUCCAGACUCAGGGGUACAACAUGGCCCACAGGCCCAGCCUCGCAGCCAGGGACAUGGAGGAGGAUGUGGAGAGAAAGUACUCGAUAGGCAGUGACCUCUUUCAUCUGAACCACAGGAAGACCAGCUUCAUGGCAAAGCCUCCGUCCGAGAGCAUGUCCACCAUCAGCGGCUCAAGCAGCCCCUCGAUCCAUUCGUCGGAGGAGUCUGACGAGCUGGGCUCUCUGCAGGGGGACAUGCCUAUGAUGCCCCCUGCUGGAGGGCGCAGGAUGUCCAUGAGUGUGUUCCUGGAUAUCUCCUCAAUCAUGAAAAAGUGAAGAGAAGAAGACAACGUAGCUCCAACACAAGUCACCAUAACGACUAUAUGGUGUUAUGGGAUGGUGU